AUGGAUGAGCCCAAAAGUACAGAUCCCAUUGCAGAGCUCAUUACAAGGUAUCAUGACCUCACUGGCAAUGAAAUCGAGGAGCUUAGAGAGGAGCCAAGCCCGCUCCAGUUUAUGAGAUAUGUCGCCAGGAACGUGCCCUUCGUCUUAAGAGGGGGUGCACGAAGUUGGUACGCCACUCGGUCAUGGUCGGUUGACAAGCUGAAGGAGAGUUUGGGCGACCAGCCGGUGAAUAUUGCCGUCACAGCAGCAGGCAACGCCGACGCCCCAACCUCAUACACCCACCCCGACGGCACCACCUCUCUCGUCCUCGCCAAACCCCACGAAGAACCCCAGCCCUUCAGCACCUUCAUCGACUACCUCAUCGCCCAAGAACACCAACAAACAACAGAUCCCACCCAACCACCGCGACCACCACCCACGGAAAUCCGCUACGCCCAAACCCAAGACAACAACCUCCAACACGAAUACGUCCUCCUCUCCGGCGGCGUCCCACCAGACAUCCCCUGGGCGCGCAUCGCCCUCCAACUCCGCAAACCAGACGCCACCAACCUGUGGAUCGGCAACUCCCACUCUGUGACUGCGCUGCACCACGACAACUACGAGAACAUCUACGCGCAGAUCGCUGGGCGCAAGCACUUUGUUCUGCUGCCGCCGGCGUGUGUGGCGGGCGUGAAUGAGCAGAUGUUGCCGCUGGCGACAUAUGUUAGGAAGGAAGGGGAAGGGGGUGGGUUUGAGUUGGUUAUUGAUCGGGAUGAGGAUCGUGGGGGGGUAUCGACGAGUGUGCCCUGGGCGAUCUGGGACCCGGACCGGCCGAUGGAGAAUGCUACGGCGUAUUCGUCGCUGGUUGAGCCUAUGCGGGUGACGCUCGAACCGGGGGAUAUGUUGUAUCUGCCUGCGUUGUGGUACCAUAAGGUCUCACAGAGCUGCUCACCUGAGGGGGUGUGCAUUGCUGUCAAUUACUGGUAUGAUAUGGAGUAUCACGGAUCACUGUACCCAUUGGCGGAAUUUGCCAGGUCAAUAGCACACAAAGAACGGUUGACCACAUUUUCCCGGUCAGCGGGAAUAACGGAAGAACCCGACGAGACGAAGCUAGAGAGCAACAAACGAAGAGUAACACCGAUACCAAACCCGCCAUCUUGA